ACUCCUGGACCAGAAAGGCAGUUAGAUUUUUGUUUUAAUUAGUUUUUUCCUUUCGACUUAAACCCAUAGGUACCCAAAGUUUAAAUUUUAAGAUAUAUUUUAAUAAAUGUUUAGGGGGUACAUUAAAGUGUCGCAAGUGUUAUGUGUAUGACUUUUAAAAAUUGUGUUCUAAUUACUACAAGUGUAGAAUAUCGGAUCAAUGAAUCAAUAUUUAGACAGUCCAGCACUGGAUUCUAUUUCAAGUGAAAGUGACAUAAUUGAUCGACAAGCUACUAAGUGUGAUGUAAAAAUUAAUUUCUCCAUUUCAUCUAUCCUUGGCUUACACCAAGCUGAAGAUGACCGGACAUCAGAAGCCCUGUCAGGGGACCAGCACAGCCAUUAUUACCAACUGGACAACCGAGGCUUCACACCUGUGAGAGGGGAGUCAAGGUCCGGCGACUUUACGAGCCCGUUAGACACUUCCGACACGUGUGACCUCAGUGCGAGUGUCAAGAUCAAGAGAAACCGGACCACGUUCUCGACACGUCAACUUCAGGAGCUGGAAAGAACAUUCAGAAAGACCCACUACCCAGAUAUCUUCACAAGAGAAAAAUUAGCAUCACGAGUUAAGCUUCCUGAAUCCAGAAUCCAGGUUUGGUUUCAAAAUCGCAGAGCUAAAUGGAGAAAACGUGAGAAACCCUACCAGCCGUUCGUCUACGGGUCACCGUGUAACCUGACCUGUCCACUCCAAUGGCAAACCAACAAUAUCUUUUCCACAGACACAGGGCUGCCAUCCAUUUACCGACACUUUCCGCAACUCUUCCCGGCUCAGCCUACCAUGCCAGGGGAGUUAAUCAGGUCCCAGCCGUAUUGUCUUCCCAUGUCCGCCAUGGUGUCAUCCUCCGUCUCCAUGACAGCAGCAUCGACUUCCGCUGUGUCUCUGCAAGAUGGCUGCGUAUCUCUGAUCAGGCCGGUGAAACCCAAUCGCUGACUUGAAGAAGUGCUCUCGUUCAUGUGUUCGUGCAGCCACUUCAAGCUUAAAAGUAGAUCCAUUGGCUUUCUAAUUAGUUAUUUAUAUUUCAUCCCGUGUGACUUGAUACAAAAUAAAAGUAAGAAUUUC